CAAUUCAGAUGCAUCGAAAUCAAAUCCUCUUCACCCAUCAGCUCCCUAUAAAAUUCCUAAAUGCUUCCACAAUCGCUCGUUUUUAUUAAAGUUCCUUCUUCCCUUUUCAGCACUCUCUCGAGUUCCCCACUGACUCUUAUGUUAUCUUCAAUUUCUUUCUGAAUCAAGCAUUAAUGGCGAGGAAGUUGAGCGCUCUGAUUUCAGUUCUUAUUUUGAUGCUUCUGUUACUUGCACAGGACCAUGCUACCAGCAUUACUGAGGCUCCGUCCCCUCAGCCACAGCCGAGUAAAAACAAUCCCUUGUAUGGUGCCACUCAAGGGAGUCUUCAACCUCAAGAGUGCGCACCUCAUUGCACAACAAGAUGCUCAGAGACAGCAUACAAGAAGCCAUGCAUGUUCUUUUGCCAGAAGUGUUGCGCUAAGUGCUUGUGUGUGCCACCUGGAACUUAUGGAAACAAACAAUCUUGUCCUUGUUACAAUAACUGGAAAACUAAGAGAGGAGGACCCAAAUGCCCUUGAACAAUUCUUCGCUUCCUAAAUAAUUUAAUUUAUCAAAUAUAUAUUAUUGUUCAGUUUUCUUUCGUCCAUUUUUUGUCCGUAUCUUUGUAAAAAUGUUUAAUUUGUGGGUAACGAUGCGAUCCAUUAUAUUUCUCUUAA